AUGAAUAAACAAAUAUUUCAAAGUAUAUUUAAUCAAUCUCCUAUAAGAAAAUUAGUUUUUGAAAAUGUUAGAUCAAUACAUCUUGAAUUGAAUAGUGGCAAAUUUGGUGUUACUGUUUGUAGUUGGAAGACAUUGGUUGAUCGUCCCGAUAUGUUGGCUAUCUAUGGUUAUUUGGAUCUGUUAAAGUCUUAUUUCCAACGAUAUAAACAACAUGUCACCAAUAGCUAUUUAGAGAGUUCCUAUGGUUUUAAGAUGAUGCUAUUUGCAAUACAACACAACAGAGUUGAGAUAAUAAAAUAUUUAGUAGAGGAAUUAAAAUUGGACUUGGUACCAGUUGAUAGUGUCGCCAGCAAAUCACAUAAUGAUUGGAUGCUAAUAGCCGCUCGUACUGGAAAGCUUGACGUUAUUAGAUACCUUGGAGCUCUGUCGGAUAAAUGGAAAUACGAGCAGGCAUUCGAACAGUCUCCACGAUCACUUAACAUUGAUGUUAUAAAGUACUUGAACGAUAAGCUGGAUACUCUCGGUGUAAACAAUCAAUUGAACUUUAGGAGUAACUCAAAUGUUUUUGAUAUCGCUGCAAUCUAUGGCCGAAUCGAUAUUAUUGAAUAUUUAACAGUUAAUUGCGCAAAGAGGAUUCCGUGGAGUCGUAUGCACUACAAUGCUAUCAUUCAUGGUCACUUUGAUUUGCUCAAGUACCUGAUGAAUCGAGUGGAUCGAUAUCCAUUACCGGAAGACGGUGAGGAUUAUUUCGAUUAUAACAAUGGUGUAGGUUAUCAUGCAUUGUUGGAUUGUGCAGUUCGACACGAUCAAAUGGAGAUGGCGCACUAUCUCUAUGACAACGGAGUUACCUCUUGCACAGAGGAUUGCAUUGAACAUGCAGUUGAGAAUGGAGAUAUCGAGGCUGUUAAAUGGCUUUUGAGCGUCAGUGGACAUGAGUGCUCUAGCUAUUGUUUGGAAUUGGCAGUGGAGUAUGGAAAUAUUGAAAUGAUUAGAUGGCUCAGGAAAAACACAACACAUUCAUUCCGACCUGAUGAUAUGGAUGUUGCUGCAUAUGUUGGUAAUCUCGAGGUAAUCGAAUAUCUUUACAGUCAGUCUAUUGGUUGCUCAGGAAGAGCAUUCAGCAAUGCUAUCCUCAGUGGAAGUUUGAAGGUUCUUCAAUGGUUCAUUGAAAACUAUAGACAUGUCUAUAAUUCCAAUUUGUUAUUAAAGAGUGAUGCAGUGAAGGCCGGAAAAUUACAUAUUGUUAGAUGGCUCCAUGAAAACGAUUUGGGAGGUGAAAUUAGUUUAUACUCUUUAGAUAUGGCUUGUCAAAAAGGACACAUCGACGUUGUACAAUGGGCUCAUCAAAAUACUACUUUGCAAUUCAACUCUACAGCGAUGGUUUCUGCUGCUUCAUCUGGUCACAUGAAGCUCUUACAAUGGUUACACGAGAAUAGAACUGAAUCAUGGUCCCCAUCUGUUAUGGAUAACUCUAUAAUGUUUCCGGAAAUAGUUGAAUGGUUACACGAGAAUAGAACUGAAGGUUGUACUGUUAAAGCUUUAGAGACUUCAAAGAGUUAUGGUGAUUUAAGAAUGAUCGAUUGGUUAAUUAUAAAUAGAAAAGAAUGUUUACAAUCAUAA